AUGGGUCUUCCCCAAACCCCACCACAAUUCAAUCCAAGCCGUAGAAGACCCACUGGCCAGAGCAACUGCAAUCAUCUAUCAAACGCUGAAAGAACUGGGUUUGGGCUAGUUCGCCUUCAAAAUUACCCAGACGAUCAGACCCACAAACAGAGCCACGACGAAUUUGCCGCCGAUGUCGAAAAGCCUAAGUUGCAAGUUUUUGUCAAUGAUGAUCGUACACGAACCUUUUUAUCAAUUGAAGUUAUUAUAGGAGGAUUAGCUGAGAUAAAAAGGCAAAUUCAUGCUGUUAACGAGGUUUAUAAGCUUCACAUGCUUCCCGAGUUCUUAAAGGAUCCACGACCCCAUAUAUCCUUAGCGUGGGCAUUGGGUGACAUCAGCGAUUCCCUACAGAGAAUGGUUGAAGAAGAAAUGAAGAGAUCUAAUGUAGGGGGCUCAGCACAGAAAUGCAUUUUUAGUAAAUUCAGUGAUAUUGAGUGCAAGAUUGGUAACAAAACAUAUAAAAUAUGUAAAUUUCAAGAUGAAUAA